AUCGUAAUCUGAUGCCCGGCGGCGGCGCAGUAAUGGAAUGGACCUCGGGCCUCACCGUUCCAUCCACGUGGCGGCCUAUAAUAACUCCAAGAGCAUUCCCCUCUCCAAUUUUCAAACCAGGAACGUCAUCAUUUGGACGGUCGUUACUCUUUCAACCUGAAAACGAAAAAUCCCAGUGAUCCCACAGCCUUUUGACGCCUUGACCCUUUUCCCAAUUCAUCCGCGUUUUUUCCUCGCAGAAUUCAAACAUUUUUCCAGUCUCUCUGAUACUAGGGUUUCGUUCGAUCAUUUUGUCUCCUUCCGCAUAUCCAAGCGAACCCUAACCAUGAAUCAGAACGAGGGCGAUCAGUGCCGAGAGACCAAACCAGAGUCCUAUCAGCAAAAACAGCACUCUCACUCCUCUGAUUAUGCUCCAUACCCCGAGCUUGACCCGAACGACGUUGCUCCGAAUCCUCAGGAGAAUUCGAGCACCGACGCCAAGGAGUCUCAGUCCCCGCCCGAGCAGACCUCAGUCAAACCACUGGAGUCUUCGGCCCAGAAAUCGGAUUCUCAGGGCUCCGGAUUGGCCUCGGACUCCCCGGCUGCUGUCUCUAGGAACUCCGCCACCACCAUGCCUGUCGAGUCGAACCCCUAUGUAUCUUCCACGCCCGUGCCGACUUCGUCUACGAAAAAUAAGAUGGAUUCGGUAAAGGAUGUGCUUGAGAAAUGGGGGAAGAAGGCUGCAGAGGCGACCAAGAAGGCUGAGGAUCUUGCUGGUAACAUGUGGCAGCACUUGAAAACUGGCCCUAGUUUUGCUGAUGCUGCUGUGGGAAGAAUUGCUCAUGGGACGAAAGUUCUUGCAGAAGGAGGUUAUGAGAAGAUCUUCCAACAAACUUUUGAGACUGUUCCUGAGGAGCAACUUCAAAAGACAUAUGCAUGCUACCUUUCCACAUCUGCUGGUCCAGUAAUGGGAAUUUUAUAUUUGUCAACAGCUAAACUUGCAUUUUGUAGCGACAAUCCUCUUUCAUACACAGUUGAGAACGAAACUCAGUGGAGCUAUUAUAAGGUGGUUGUCCCAUUGCAUCAGCUGAAGGCAGUUAAUCCUUCCACAAGCAAAAUCAACCCAGCUGAAAAAUACAUACAGGUUAUCUCUGUUGACAACCACGAGUUUUGGUUCAUGGGCUUUGUAAAUUAUGACAGUGCAAUUAAAAAGCUUGAAGGAUUAUUGAUGCCCCAGAGCUCCUAAUGCUUAGAGCCCAAACUGUUCGCCCUGUAGAAGGGUGCACUUAAGCUUAUUAUUGGAUGUAGAUAUAUAGUUUUUUUAUCCUGUGCAGAAUGUUCGAUAUACGGGGACAAGUAUUUAUUCUGUAUGGUGUACUUCAUAAAAUCUGUCUGAAAAUUGUUCCCCAUGAGAGUGAAUGCUUGUGAGAAUUUCUUUUGUGAUAUUUCUGGAAAAGCAAGAUGGAUUAAUAUUUGUUUGA